AUGCGGCUCAUUCAACAUUCCACAUCUCCGUGGGCUUCUUCUUUAGUUGUUAUCCUCAAGAAGGACGGAUCUGUUCGCAUCACCGUCAGCUACAACCGGCUCAACGCUCUGGUGGAUUUGGAUGGACAACCUCUCCCUCGAGUGGACGGUAUCCGGGAUCCUCUGUACACCGGGAAAGUGUUCUCCAUCUUCGACCUCAACUCGGCUUUCCACCAGAUCGUUUGUGAUGAAGACACUGUCCCGCUCACCGCCUUUUGUACUCCCACGCAGUUGUUCGAAUGGCUUCGGAUGCCGCAGGGCGCCAACGCAAGUCCGUCUUGGUUCGUCAAGGUCAUCAACAGAGUGGUGCACGGUCUGGAACGUGUGCUUGCUUAUCUGGACGAUGCCAUCUGUUUCGAUGAGGAACCUCUGGGACACGUGCUGAACUUGAUCGAGUUCUUCAAACGACUUCGACAGUACAACCUCAAAGUGUCUCCAGGGAAGGCUCGCGUCGGCGCCACGCACGCCAACUUCCUCGGUCAUACCAUCUCUCCGGCAGGUGUUAGCCCUGAUGGCGUCAAGCUUCGGAGCCUUCUCGGUGGACUCAGUUACUACCGGAUAUUCCUCAAGAAUCUCGCCACCAAGGUGCGGCCUCUCAACUCUCUUCUCAAACAAGGCGUCCCCUGCAAGUACACCCUGGGCAUGGUCAAGGUUGUCAAAACGUUGUUAAGCGAACUCGCUGGCCCCCCGAUUUCGGUCUUCCCGGAUUGGGCAGCAAUCGAGGACAACAGCCGUCCUCUUCGUUUGUGUUCCGACACAUAUAUCGACGGUGUUGGCGCCUCCUUGGAACAAGAACAGCUCGAUGGCUCGGUGAGACCCAUCGUGUACAUCAGCCGCGCUACUGUUCCUGCGGAGCGUAACUGGACCGUUUUGGAUCUGGAGGCUGGUGGCAUUGUUUGGGCCAUCAAACGCCUUCGCGGUUAUCUGUGGUCGACCACGUUCAUCAUCUAUUCGGACCACAAAGCAUUGGAGAGCAUUGGCAAGGUUGGGAAACACAACGCUUGGGUGCAACGAUGGAUCGAAUUCCUGUCCAACUUCACCUACACCCUGAAAUAUCGGAAAGGGGCCUGGUACCGUCGUCGGCGUCGACUUCUUCGGACCUCGCCAGUGACUGCCAAGGGCAAGUUCUACAUUUUGUUGUUCACAGACCGUUUCAGUCGGAGAGCCGACAUGUUCGCAGUUACAGCGGCGGAAUUUACGGCGAGAGGGACGGCUCACAUCUUCGUCAACCAAUACAUGACCAAGUGGGGAUGUCCGACUACGUUAUUGUCGGACAACCGACUGCAUUUCUGCUCGAAGCUCUCCAUGGCGAUCUACGAGGUGAUGAAGAUCAAGAAGGUCACCACCAGCUCCUACCACCCACAGACCAACGGCGGCACGGAACGCGUCAACCACACGAUGGCCCAGAUGCUUGCGGUGGUUGUCAACGAACAGCAAAACGAUUGGGACAUACAUCUCCCACACGUUGAGUUGCCUACAACAAUUCCGUGAAUCAGUCUACUGGAUUAGCGCCAAACGAGAUUCACAUCGGACGCAUCCCGCGACUCCCGCUUUCGGUCUUCGAUCUUCCCACGGUGGGUGGUCAUCAAAGCUUGGCCCGCGAUCAACUCGAGUAUUGCAACCUGGCUGCCGAUCGCCAGCGCCAGACUUAUGAACUUGUCCGUGAGUACAACGCACUGAAGAUUUCGCGAGUCGAAUGCCGGGAUUCAUCCCUGCUGGACGCCAUUCACAAGCUCCCUCAGUUUACCGUUGGCGGGUGGGCUUGGGUGUACAACACGGCUGCUACAAUUCGACAGGGUGUGCAGAAGGACACGGACCAACAGGUGCUCAAGGCCAAAUUCGCACUUUCCUGGACGGGGCCGUACAAAGUUCUUGCGGUGGGUCCUACCUCUGCCGACGCCACUCCGGACGGCCGCCCGUUGGCGCGUAAACUCCUCUACCUGGACCUGCCUUCCGAUCUUUCCGACCCGGCAGCUCGUUGUCGCGUGUCU